UAGUGCCUACUGCCUAGCUAGAUCAAGACCGAAUUGAAGAGGAUUGAAUUGCUGAUUCUUUUGGUACAGAAGUGGGUAAUUAUAAAGUAAAUGUUUAAUUUGUAGUUUUCGUGAGAAAUGAGCAACUUUUACUACAUUGAUUGCUUAUUGUACACUCACAAUAACCAAAAAGAAGUUAAUGCCGUCGCUUUCAAGCAACAUGUUAUGUCCUCGGUGAAAACUUUGUUUGGAGAGGUCGGUUUCAGCAGAAACGUAGAUCUGCUCACAUACAAUCCUUCAAAACAACAAGGGAUCCUUCGUUGCACAUCAGACCAUUACGUGAAGCUGAGAGGUGCACUCACACUCUACCAGUCCGGUGAUUGCUCCUUCCGAGUGAUCAACAGCUCUCCCGUUUUAUUAUCACUAGUCUCAAAUUCCCGGACAUACGCUCACUCGUAAUUAAGUGUUGGUUUUGUACAGUUUGUUAGUAAUCAAAAAUGUCUUACUGUCGUCGCGAAGGGAAAGACACUAUUUUGUUUGCCACGAAGGAGGAUCACCAACAGCCGAGCUCGGUCAGUAUCCCACCGCCCGAGCCGGGUCCAGGGCUGAUCAUGCCCGACGGGUCCAUCAACUGGAACUGUCCUUGUCUGGGUGGGAUGGCGACAGGACCUUGUGGGAUCGAGUUCCGAGAUGCAUUCACCUGCUUCCACUACAGUGCGGCGGAACCUAAGGGCUCCGACUGCUAUGCCGCGUUCCAGACUAUGCAGGAUUGUAUGGCCAAGUAUCCUACAGUGUACAACAGGGGAGACGAUGAGGAGGAUUUCCCUAUGGUGGAGGCAGACAAAUCUGACACAAACAAUGUGAGUAACGGUAAAAGUAUAGAAGACAGCAAGAGUAAUAGUGUGGUUGAGAAGAAGAAAUAGUGUGGGUACUCGGGUAGUAAGGUAUAGUGUUGUUGAUGAAGGUUAUAUUGUGCAACAGUUAAAAUAUGUCUAAUACUUACAAUGUUCUUAACAGAUAAUUACUAGAAAAGCUAGAUUUAAAUUUGGUCUUACAUUUUGUUUAACAGUUAACACAUAUUGUGUAUUUUACUACUUACUCAGUAAGUACAACUUGUGUAACAAAGGAAUUUAAGACAUGUAAGCUAAUUCAUUUUUAUUUGUUAUCUGUUUAAAUGACAUAUAUUACUAUUCUGAUGUCCUCUUGUUAUUAUCGUACUGAUUAUCAAUUAAAUUGAAAUGUGUACACAAUAAACACAGAUUAAUAGCUUUUAAAAAUAUUGAUUUUAUAAAAAUGUAAAAAUAUUUUGUUUAAAGUUCUUUAUAGCACAUGCACUUUAUAAUGAAAAACAACAUCACUCUAAUAAUUUAGUAUAAAGGUUUACUUAUAAUUGUGAUAAAAUAUAUUAUGUACGAAUUAAAGGUAAUUGUCAGAGGAAUGUAGUGGCUUUUUUUUUGAAAAAUCAUAACUUAUUGUGUCAUGAUUCAAGUGUUUUAGGGUAAGAAUAUUAACUACAUUAAAUUAAUCACCAUAAUGUGAACAAUAUCAUGUAAUGAUUACUGUUUGUUCUUUUCUCUUAAAUGUUCAUAUAAAAUAUUCCAAGACAGUUUUAACUUUGUAAUCAUUUGAAAGGUGCUUGAGCUGGGCGAUGUUAGUAUGUUUAGUAAACUUUUGUUGUUAAUUUUGUUAUUUUUUGUGCCUUUGUACUUAUGCUAUAGUAAUAUUAUUAGAUACAUUCAUGAACAGUAGUAUUAAGUGAAAAUAAACAUUACAAUGCCCGCCA